CAAAGAAACCUCAUUUAUAUACAAACCAAUACAGGGUACAGAACAGUUUUACUCAGUUCAAUCAAUAGCACACCGGAGAAACGGAAAGAAGAAGAAAUGGCGCACGUCACCACCACCACCGCCGCCGGUUCCAAGCUCUACGACGUGCUCAUCGUCGGCGGCGGGCCGGCGGGCCUCUCCAUGGCCGUCGGGCUCGCGCGCCAGGUCUACUCGGCGCUCGUGCUCGACUCGGGCGAGUACCGCAACGCGCGCGCCGAGCACAUGCACACGGUCCCGGGCUUCGACCACGCGAGCCCCGCGUCGUUUCGCGACAAGAUCCGGCGGGACCUGCGGGAGCGGUACGCGUCGAUUGAGUUUCGCAGCGCGACCGUCACUCGGCUGCGCAAGUUCGAGGCCCCUGUCGCCCUCGCCGGCUCUUCCUCCUCCUCCUCCUCCUCCUCCUCCCGUCCUCAUCAGCGAUCAGGAGUCGCUGCCAACGCCACCGACGGAUCUGCGAGCGACGGCAAGGAUACGGCGGCGACGAGCGGGGGGAAGCAAAAGCAGUGGCUCUUCGAGGCGACGGACGCGCAGGGCAACGUGUACACGGGACGCAAGCUCGCGCUCGGGACGGGCGUGCGGGACGUGUUCCCCGAAGAAGACGUACCCGGGUACGGCGAGUGCUGGGGCAGGGGCAUCUUCCACUGCAUGUUCUGCCACGGGUUCGAGGAGCGCGGGGCCGAGUCGGCGGGCGUGCUGGCGGGCGGCAUCAUGGCCUCGCCGGAGAUGCUCGCGCACGUCACGCCCAUGGUCAAGCGCCUAGCGCACUCCGUCACCGUGUACACCAACGGCGACGAGGAACUCGCGGCGGCGACGCGGGAGAAGCUACGCAGCAGCAAGAUUCGGUUUGAUACGCGGCGCAUCGCACGCGUGGCGAUGGCACAUCCACGACACCAACAUCAAGAACAACAGCAGCAGCAACAAGAGCAAAUCCACCAACAAGGGGACGGUAGUAGCAGCGACGCAGCCGCCGGCAGCAGCAGCAGCAGCACGGCCGUCACUCUGUACUUUGCAGACGGCACGAGCGCGACCGAGGGCUUCGUGGCGAACCACCCGGCGGUGGAGCAGCGCGCCUCGGAUCUGGUUGCCGGGUUGGGCCUGCAGAUGGGCGCGGCCGGGGAGGUGCGCGUGCGGGCCGGCUCGAUGGGCUACGAGGCCGAGGGCGUGGACGGCUGCUUCGUGGCGGGAGACAUGGCGACGCCGAUGCGCAGCGUCGCCAAGGCGCUGGAGAUGGGGACGUUUGCGGCGGCGGGCAUGGUGGCGGCGAUGAAUGCGGAGCUGGAUGCGAGGGACGAGCUGUAAUUGCGUGAAGGUGCGGCGGGUAUUGGAGUUGACGAUGGGAUAGAGACGGAGAGCUGAGCGUCAAGGGUGAGAUGUAAUUCAUGGAAUAGAGGAAAGUAAACGGCGUUGCUGUAUUGUUAUGCGGAGACCAUCUUUGGUCAGGAGCUACCAAAUUCAUACCAACUCUUGUGUA